AUGGAAGAAGGAGACGCUAUUGCCGUGGUGGGCAUCGGAUGCAAUUUUCCAGGGGGAGAAGGGCUCGAUAAUUUCUGGAAGGUUCUGGUCGAUGGGAGAAACUGUUCUGUGCCGAUUCCCAAAGAGAGAUUUGACGUGUCCAGCUGGUAUGACCCCGAUGACAACAAACCGGGUAAAUCCCGCACGGCCAAGGCUGCUCUCAUUGACGGGUUCAAUGAAUUCGACCACAAGUUUUUCGGCAUCAGCGACAGUGAAGUGGAACAAAUGGACCCUCAACAAAAACAGCUCCUUCAGUGUGUCUACCGGGCACUGGAGAACGCUGGGAUGCCUAUGGAGAACGCCAGCGGGACCAGGACGGGAGUGUUCUUUGGCCUAAUGAACAGAGAUUAUGAGACAAAUGCUGCACACGUGCACCCAAGUGUGAUCAACCACUGGACCGGCACUGGGCUCGCCAUGAGUAUAGCAGCAAACAGAGUCUCCUAUAUCUUCAACUUCACUGGACCGUCACUGUCCAUAGACUGUGCCUGCUCAUCGUCCCUCGUGGCUCUUCAUCUUGCCUGUCAAUCCAUCAAACAAGGUGACUGUGAUAUGGCUGUUUGUGGAGGAGUCAACUGUAUCAUUGAGCCAAGAGUGUUUGUUGCUCUCAGCAAGGCCAAGAUGGUCUCACCUGAAGGGACCAGCAAACCGUUCUCCAACAGAGCAGAUGGUUACGGUAGAGGUGAGGGCUGUGGGGUCGUUCUCCUCAAGCCGCUGAAAAAGGCCAUAGAAGACCAUGACCAUAUCUGGGGUAUCAUCAGCAAAACAGCCGUCAACCAAGAUGGACACUCAGUGUCUCCGAUCACCAAACCCUCCAUGACUCAACAAGAGGAACUCCUGCGCAGAAUCUACUCUGAGUCUGACCUUGCAAAUGUCUGGUACAUAGAGGCACAUGGGACUGGAACACCAAUUGGAGACCCAACAGAGGCAGGAAGCAUCUCAAACGUCAUCGCUAAAGCUAAACCUCCUGGUUCAGAGACACUGCGGAUUGGCUCUGUGAAGAGCAACAUUGGACAUACAGAAUCUGCAGCUGGAGUGGCCGGACUCAUUAAGGUACUCCUAAUGAUGAAGCACGAGACCAUCGUUCCCUCAGUUUUCUACUCUGAAGAGACUGCUAGUGUAGAUGCCAAAGUCCUGAACAUUAAAGUUCCUAAGGAAACAGAAAAGUGGGAAGCCUCCGGUGCAAGAAUUGCAGGAGUUAACAACUUUGGCUUUGGGGGUACAAAUGCACACGCCAUUGUCAAACAGCACAAACAGUCACGCGUUGAGCAAAAGAAUGGUGGGAAACAGGAAAAGUAUUUUGUCAUGUCGGCAAAUUCACCAAAAUCUCUUACUCUAAUGACGGAAGACACCAUUAAACAGCUAGACGCAGAUAGCAAAGUUGAUCUAGAUUCUCUGUUGUACACAUCAGCUUGCAGGAGGAGCCAUCGAAAGCACAAAUACAGAAAGGCCAUCGUUGUUUCAUCUCUAGUCGAUCUUAAAGAGAAGUUAAGUGCAACUGUAGGCAAAAACAUUCGCCCGUCCUACUCAGAUCCAAGGUUGGUGUUUGUCUUUUGCGGAAAUGGCCUCACUUACCAUGGCAUGUGCAAACAGCUACUAAAACAGGAGCCUGUAUUCAGAGAUAAGAUCAAAGAGAUUGCAAAACGUUUCAAAAGACUGAGUGCGCUGAACAUCUUGGAAACACUUGAGAGUGAGUUUGAGGGCAGUGACCCAAAGGUUGUCCAGCCACUCCUCUUUGCUAUCCAAGUCGCCAUUACCACCCUACUCAGACACUGGGGUGUCAAGCCUGAUGCAAUACUCGGACACUCUGUUGGCGAGGUCGCAGCCGCUCACUGUUCUGGCCUUCUGUCUCUUGAUGAUGCAGUAAAAGUCAUCUAUUUCCGCAGCACUCUCCAGAGCAAAGUCACUGGGGGGAAGAUGCUUGUGAUCAGCAACAUGGCUGUAUCAGAGGUAACUGCUCUUCUCCCUUGUUAUUCUGGUAGAGUUUGCCUUGCUGCUUUCAACAGCUCACAGUCCUGCACCCUUUCAGGUGAUGCAGAUGCAAUUGAGAGCCUUUAUAAGGAGCUAAGCACCUCAGCCAACAGUCAGAAUCUGUUCCUUCGUGUACUGGAUGUCCCUGUUGCUUACCACAGCCACAUGAUGGACCCAAUUCUGCCAGAAAUUGAGGAAACAAUUGGCUCCUUAGAGGUGAAUGAACUAGACACAGAGUUGUUUUCAACAGUGACAGGCAAGGAAGUCCAGCAAAGUGAUUUCUGCACAGGGGAAUACUGGGCUAGAAACAUUCGUGAGCCGGUAGCUUUUGAGCAGGCAGUGAGGUCAGCAACCAAGGGAAAGAAGAAUACAGUGUUUGUGGAGAUAGGGCCAAGAAGGGCGCUACAGAGAAACAUCAUGGAAUCUCUGGGUAAUGAGACAGCUGUUCUUGCCUCGGUGCAGCCAGAGAAAGAUCAUGAAAUGUUAAUGUCUGUUGUGUCUAAGCUGUUUGAACUGGGGGUCCAUGUAAAUUGGAACACCUUCUACAGAGGAUAUGAGACAAUGCCACUGCCUAUUCCAAAAUACCAGUUUGAUUGCUCGGACAGAGAUGUUAUCAUUGGCGCAGCACAGAAAAACACAACCAGCAAUCACCCUGUGCUCCGUCAGACAGGAAGUGAAAGCAACAUGUUCAGCUGUGAUCUGAUGUCUGACUCUUCUUUCUACCUGAAAGAGCACAAACACAACGGCAUACCCAUCAUCCCCGGAGCCUUCUAUGCUGAGUUGGGUUUAGCCGCAUUCAUGGCCAGUGCCAAACCAAAAGUACCGCUCAGCUCACUGCAGGUCAGUGUCAAUUUUCACAGUCCAUUUGUUUUAAUGCAGAAUUCACCUGAAAUGAAGGUGCAACUCGAACAAACAGAGACAGAAACUAAAUUCAGGGUACUCUCCCCAUCUGCGAUGUACGCAUCAGGCACAAUGGUUUCAAAGAAAGAGAGGCUGAUUGAGGAGCAGUGCAUUUCACUUAGCUCCAUCUACAAAAGAUGCAAAUCUGUUGUGAGCUCUCAGGAGUUCUAUGGGUAUCUCUCUCAAGGAGGCUUUCAGUAUGGAGACGUCUUCAAGAACAAGGGAGAUGUGCACUAUGGAGAAGAUCUCAAGGAGGCUUUCGCAAAUGUCACAGUUCCAGAAGAACUGCAGUCUCAGUUGCAUGACUACUGCAUUCAUCCGGUUGUGCUUGAUUUUCUGAUGCAGCUUCUCCCAGUUACAGUAGAGCACAUUUUUGCUGGUAGACCAGGAUUUCCUGCCAAAAUAGGGAGUUUGACAGUGUUUGAACCCUUGCAAGAUGAGAUGAUUGUCUAUCUGAGAGCAAUCGAUGUGGGCGUUGAUCACUUUGAGAUUUGUGGCUGCUUUGCAGAUAAAGAAGGAAGAGUGUUGGUUGAGGUGAAGCAUGUGAUAAUCAAGUAUCUCGGCAGUCGCUCUCAUGUGGUUGAGGAAUAUUUCUACCACAAUGCCUUUAGUGUCAUCCCUGAAGGCUACACAUCUGCUCCUCCUAAGGCCUUGGUCUUCUGUGACCGUUUGGGGAUCUCUAAAGGUCUGCAGCAGUAUUUGGACUCAAGGUCUAGAUAUGUUCCAUUCACACAUGCAAAAGAUAUCUUGAGCCAUGGGUUUCCUUCUCUCCUGGCAAAUCUCAAUAUAACCGAAAUUGAGAAAAACUUUGAUGAGGUGUUAUUUCUGUGGGGCAAAGAAGACCUCACUUCACUGACAGCUGAUGUUGUCCUGCAGAAUUUGGCGAACUGCUGUGAGACUUUCCGCCAAAUAGUCCUUGAGCUAAAGCGAAUUCGCUUUCCCAACUCCAUCAGAGCAGUCACCUACUGUUCCUCUGACAUCACAGUGGACCACAUAAGUCCAGGUUUUGCCGUCGUUGGUAUGACGAGAUCAUUUGCUGCAGAGAUACCAGAUCUUGCAUUUCAGCUGAUUGAUAUAAAUACUACCUCUGCUAAGGACAUUGCAGCUCUGUCUGAGGUCCUAAGAUCGCAUCCUUGCAGCAAGUACCCAGAGUUGGUGGUAAAAGAUGGACUGAUUCUGAAACCUUCCAUUGUCCGCACUCCACCUGAGGUCAUUGACAGUUCAGAGGGAAGUUUUACCUCUAAAAUAUCUGAGCCCUGCAUCCUACAGACAGCUGAAGCAUAUAAGAUGACUCACCUGAGUGCCAUUCACUUUGAGGAGGAGGCCCAGCCAAUCAGGGAUACAUCGGUUGAAAUUCGGCCCACUAAGAUAUGUGUUCAUUCGUCUGAUUACUUCCCUGUCAGUGCCUCCCAUCUGAAAUUUGGCCAGACACUGUACUGGAACAAACACUCAUCACAGAAACACAAGCUACUGGCUCUUGAUUUCAGUGGUACCAUUACAGCAGUCGGAAAAGAUGUCAGGAAAUUGAAAGUGGGAGACCACGUUGCGUCGUGUUACCCUGUGGUGGCAGCCAGCAAGGUCAGAGUGCCAGAGGACGUUUGCUACAGCACCAAGAGGUUCCCAUUCCUUCAAAAAACACCCUGUGUUUCCUACUUCGUGCUAGCAUGGGAGAUCCUGCAUCGCGCCUUGCCCAGAGCUAAACAUAAUCUAGGAAUCAUAUCCUCUGUUCCUGAUUCUGCUCUGAUGAGAGUUUUGGCACACACUGCUUACAAGUCAGGUUUGAAUGUGAUUAUUGGCACACAGUGCAAUGGCUCUUUUGUGGAUGUCAGUCAAAUGGAUGUAUUUGUCAUCUUGCCUCCAUUUGAUGAAUCUCUGAUCAUAAAAAUUGGCAACUUUCCAGCUGUCCAACAUGUUGUUUUCAUCUGCGAAUCUCAGAUGCAGUGUUUGCUUGCUCAGGACGUGUUCCGAAGUGUAAAGGAAAGUGUUCACGUGCAGACAAUUCAGAUGCCAGUCAUUUUGCAAAAGGGAUCCUUGAGUGCACAUAGGCCAUACAUUUAUCACUGGCUGAAAUCCUUGAACUUGAGCAGGAAAUUUGCUCUCGAAAGCUUUACCUUUCAGAAUGUGAAAUCUGAAAGCAUUGAGAGCCUUCAUUCAGAGACCCCCAAAUCAUACUUCAACUUGAAGAAGCUGGCUGUUGUGGCUCUGGAAGAAAACGUCAACAGUACGCUGUCUGACAUCCCAUUGUUGCCAACAAAAAAACAGCUUUUCCGAAAGAGAGCAGUGUACGUAGUGGCAGGUGGUCUUUCUGGUCUGGGCUUUGAAACCGUCAAGUUCAUCUCGCAAAGAGGGGGGGAGUACAUUGUCAUACUCUCCAGGAGCAAGCCCACAACAGAUGUGCAGCAAGAGCUACACAAUGUGGAGAAACAGUGUGGGAACUGCAUCACUGCCAUGGAGUGUGACAUAUCUGUGACUGAGUCUGUGCACAAGGUUAUCAGUGUCAUCAGCCAGAAAUACUCUCAUUGUCCAAUCAGAGGAGUGUUUCACAGUGCAGUUGUGUUGCAUGAUGGGCUGAUUGAGACCCUUGACAGAUCUCUUUAUGAGAAAGUUCUCAAACCCAAAGUAAAUGGUGUACUGAAUUUGCACCAUGCAACAAAGCACUGUCAAUUGGAUUACUUUGUGUGUUACUCCUCAAUCUCAGCUUUUCUGGGAAACGCGUCACAAACGAACUACGCAGCAGCCAACACAUUCCUUGACAUGUUCUGUCAGUACCGGCGCAAACUCGGGCUGCCUGGACAGUCUAUCAACUGGGGAGCUCUAAACCUCGGUCUCCUCUUGAAUAAGGAACAUUUCCAGCGGUUCCUGGAGGCAAAGGGGAUGAUGGUGUUGGAUGUGGCUGAGAUUUAUAAAAGUCUGGAGCAAUGCCUUGUGCUCAAUCGACCCCAACAGGCUGUUUGCAGGUUUCACUUCAGAAACAUCAGGUACAACAUCCUCUCUCAAAAUGCAGCCUUGACCAUGCGCCUGACUGCAUUGGUAGAUGAGGCUUUCCAAAAAUCCAAAGAGACAGACUCUCAAACUAAACAAGCUGAAGUCGUCUCACCAAAAGAUUACGUUGUCUCUCUGCUUUGUGAGACCAUCGGCAUGGAUAAAAGUGAGCUGAAAGAUGAUUCGCCUCUUUCAUCCUUAGGCAUUGACUCCAUGCAGGCCAUGACUCUGCAGAAUCUCAUCUUUCAGGAGAGAGGUGUGAAUGUGCCUCUGGUGAAACUGCUGGAUCCCAAUGCCACGCUGUCAACGGUAGUAGCUAUACUGAGUGAGGAAGGUGAAGGUGAAAGUUUCAGUGAUAACAAAGAGUCUCUUCCCGUUGAAGGCAUGGGUGUUGUUACUACCAGAUUGUAAAAUUGAUAAUGCAGGCUGUUGUCAUAUACCGUUCGUAGCUAUACCUUCAAAAAAUAAUACGCUGU